AGAUUUUUUUCCCAGUUGAACAGAACUAAUUCCUUACUGUGCACGAGCGCAAAGUCAUCUAACCUUGAAACUCUUGAAAGAGAGAAAGUUAAGGAGUUGUCAGAACCGCAGCGCAGAUGAUUCAGCUGGGUCUUUUCUUGUCGGUUCUUCUGCUUCACUGUCAUCACGGAACCGGUGCAUCAGUGUGCAGUCAGGAUCAGUUCAGGUGUGGUAAUGGGAAAUGCAUCACGAGUCGGUGGGUUUGUGACGACACAGACGAUUGCGGUGACGGAUCUGAUGAACUUCUGGCAUCCUGCAAAGCGAAGACGUGUGUAACGGGUCAGUUCAGCUGCGGCGGGCGUCUCAAUCAGUGCAUCCCCACCGGGUGGCGCUGUGAUGGCAAACCUGACUGUGAGAAUGGAGCGGACGAGCAAGGCUGCGUGCUAAAAAGCUGCACGGUGGGCGAGUUUCGCUGUAAAAGCGGCCAGUGCGUGUCGCAGUCGUUCGUGUGUGACGAGGAUUCUGACUGUGACGACGGCAGCGAUGAAGCUGGCUGCCCCGCCCCCACCUGUAGCCCCGCCUCAUUCCAGUGCAAUAAUUCGAUAUGCGUUCCGCAUCUCUGGGCCUGCGACGGGGAGCCCGACUGCACGGACGGUUCGGACGAGUGGCCGCAGAACUGCGGAUCCGGUGCGGUUCAGCCCUCGGCCUGCAAGACUCACGAGUUUCAUUGCGCCAGCGGCGAGUGCGUCCACGGCAGCUGGAGGUGCGACGGUGGGUUCGACUGCCUCGAUCGAUCGGACGAGGACAACUGCACCACGCCCACCUGUCGCCCAGAUGAGUUUGUCUGUACAGACGGGACCUGUAUCCCUGGAAUGCGUCAAUGUGAUGGGAAUAGCGAUUGUGCGGAUAGGAGCGAUGAGAUGGACUGUGUCAGUGUGAAUACUUGCGACGGGCCAAGCAGGUUUAAAUGUCAGAGUGGCGAGUGCAUUAGCAUAGAUAAAGUAUGUGACAAACAGAGGGACUGCCGUGAUUGGUCGGAUGAGCCUGUCAGAGACUGUGCCACUAAUGAGUGUCUUAAAGACAACGGUGGCUGUUCUCACACAUGUAAUGAUCUGAAGAUAGGAUACGAGUGUUUGUGUCCUGAGGGAUAUCGCCUGACCAACCAGACACACUGUGAAGAUGUGGACGAGUGUGCAGACGCAGACACCUGCAGUCAGAUCUGUAUAAAUCUGAUUGGCAGCUUUAAGUGUGAAUGUAAUCCUGGAUAUGAAGUAGAUCACAUGACUGGAGACUGUAAAGCAGUUACAGUGUCUGAAGCGUAUCUGCUCUUCAGCACCCGUCACGACGUGAGGAAGAUGAUGCUGAGCAGUAGGGAGUACACGUCACUGAUCCCACAGCAGAAGAACGUGGUGGCGUUAGACGUGGACAUUCCUAAUGGCAAAAUCUUCUGGUCUGAUGUCAGCCAGAAAAAGAUUUACAGCACACUAGCUAGUGACCCCGCCCACAACAGUACUGUGAUUGACAGCCAUAUCUCCACUCCAGAGGGACUGGCUGUGGAUUGGAUCCAUGGGAACAUUUACUGGACUGACAGCAAGUUGGGAACGAUCUCUGUGGCAACCACCAACGGUUUAAAACGCAAGACUCUUAUUAGAGACGAUCUACAGAUUCCUCGCGCGAUUGUCGUCGACCCUCAGAGAAAUUUUAUGUUCUGGACGGAUUGGGGCGAAUCUCCUCGGAUCGAGAGGUGCGGUCUGAACGGUGCCGAUCGAAAGCCUCUGGUCACAGAAAACAUCGCCUGGCCCAACGGCAUCACUUUGGAUGUGAUAAGUCAGCGUCUCUACUGGGUCGACUCAAAACUGCACACACUGUCCAGCAUUAGUGUGAAUGGAGGAGAACGUCACACAAUCAUCUAUGAUGAACAGAAGCUCCCACAUCCACUGUCACUGGCCGUGUUUGAGGAGAAGAUCUUCUGGACUGAUGUGUCUAAUAACGCAAUCUGGAGUGCAAACCGCCUGACGGGACGAGACAUCACAGCUGUAGCACAACAUCUACACUCACCUGAAGAUAUUGUACUGUAUCACAGCCUGAAACAACCGGCAGGACAGAACUGGUGCAGAGAGAUGGGCCUUGACAACGGCGGCUGUGAGUUCUUGUGUCUGCCGGCGCCGAUGAUUAACACGCGUUCACCCAAAUACACGUGUGCGUGUCCUGAUCACAUGACCCUGGCGGCCGACAUGAGGACAUGUGUCUCAGCGCCUGCAGCCAAAACUACAACCCAGUUACCCACGACAACCAGACCUUCAUCUCGACUCACAAAAGAGAGUCGUCGUCAGGACUCGAGCGGAUUCACCACACACACGGACUCAUUGAGAGGGAAUAAUGAAGCACAAGAGGCGGUCUCCAGCCCGUCCCAGCAUCUGACUGUCCUCUACGUUACACUUCCUAUAGUCGCCUUGUGCUUGAUUGUGUUUGGUGGCGUCUUGUUAUGGAGACACUGGCAUCUGAAAAACACCAACACAAUCCACUUCACCAACCCAGUUUACCAGAAAACAACAGAUGACACCGUUCACAUUUUCAGAAGCCCCAGUCUGGACGGCUACUCGCAUCCCUCGGAUCAAAUGUUCAGUUUGGAUGAAGAAACAGCCUGACGUUACGAUGGUGAGAUGAUCCAGGAAUCUGUGCUGAAGGUCGAUGGAAAUGCUGCUCUGAGAUUUUUUGAAUGAAAUGAAGCGAGGAUGACGCAGACUUCAGUUUUGUGUUUUAUUGAACUGAAGAAACACAAAUAUCUAAUGGCCGAAGACGUUGACAGCACCCGGCGGAAGAUCAUUGAGCAAUUGAAAUUCCUCUACCCUUUAAAAGAAAUGAAAUGCCUGUAAUGUUACUGUUUUACUGUGAGCUCAGGUAUACGGUCACAUGACUCCUGAUGUUUAAAGGAAAUUGAUGCUUUGCACACUACAGAAAUGCAGCUGUUUUCAUAUAUAAAUUAUUUUCUUGUUUGUUUGGGCGGUAUUAAAACGAUUGUCUUUUAUUUAAAGUGAACUUUAUUGAUUUUAUUUAUGUGGAAGGCUGACAGCUGUCUCUCUUCUUGCACUAAUUUUGUUCAGGUUUUGUGUAAAUCCCAGACAAACUGAACAAAAUCUUAACAAUAUAUAUGUUUUUUUUUAUAAAAUUGCGGGGUGACUUUAAAAAUAAUGAGCGUUUUAAGAAAAAACAUAAGACUUUCUUUUGAGGCGGCUGAUUUUUCUGUUCUUGCGGUUCCUUCUGUGUAGUCAGUUAUUGAUGAGAUCCAUCAUUGAAGUCAAACUUGAUCUGUUAUUGUGUGACUCUCGAAUGUUUCUGUGUGUCGUAUUUCACAGAAUUUUUCCACGAUGCCUUGAAACGUCAGAAUAUACUCAGGUGACACGUUGUUUUGUUUUUGUUUGUUUGUUUGAGACAUUGAGUCGUCUGAUGUCAGCUCUCCGUUAUUAUAAUUUUGGAACGUUCACUUCUGUUUCUGAUCUUUUUUUGUGAGGCAGGUACAAUCUUAUCAGAUGGUUUGCUGUUAUCAGAUGUCAAGGAAGAAUCUUGUCUUUGUAAAUGUUUGCAUGUAACAUAAGACUUGUAACAAGGAAAGUGUAUUUUAUUUAUUUUGUACAUUUGUUCAUUUGAAAUAUUUUUUUGUGGUGUUCGUCGUUCUGAAAUCUUCUGCACUACAGAUCUUUUCUUAUUGAAGGAUAAAUAUAAGGAGAUUUGUGCCUGUAUUUACAUGAAUGAAGUUGUCAAUCAUUUAAUGAAGUUUCUUUCUUUUAUUGCUGCUGAUUGAUAUUUGAGGUUCAUUUUGUUUUCUGAAUGUUUUUUCAGCACUGAUGGUUUUAUGAACAGAAUGUUCAGGCUGAACUGAUAAGAUAUUUAUCUAAUAAAAGUUUUGAAAUCUCAGA